AUGACAGCCCAACAAUCCGAGCUCCCAAACGGAUGGAAGUACACGCUGACCGGGUUCGGCGAGUUCCUCGAGAUGCGUCGAGUCGCCUUCGCCGAACCGAUGCCGGCCACCCGCCUCUGCGGCAUCUGCGGCAUGCUGCCUAGCCGCACAUCGCAGCUACCGUGCGGCCACGUUUUGUGCGAGAGCUGCAGGGAUCAGAUACCGCAAGGAAAGCACCGUCGCUGCCCGUUCGACGGGAAGAAGUUCGCCGACUCGGCCGUUCACCCGAUGAACAUCGAGCUGUCCGAGCUCGAGCAAAGCCGCAUCGUGUGCUCGGCAGGAUCCCAAGUGUGCGGCUUCUCCGGCAAACUGUCCGAGCUCGCAGAUCACCUGACUCAGUGCGGCGGCGGAAAGAUAAAGUGCUGCAAGUGCAAUAGACCCGUGUUUCGCAACCAUGCCGUGAAUCACUAUCGCAGCUGCACCGGCCCCCAGCACGCGGCGACCACCGAAGCUGCCACCAAGGGAGAUAAGAUGGCGGACAUCGAGAAAAGCACGCGGGAGCUGAUGCUGAGCAAGGGCGUCGAACUGGAGGCCGUGCUAAGCCGCUUCACGAACACUUUGGCAGACAAGGUGGCCAGUCUAGAACGUCAGUUGCUCGAAGCACAGAACAAGUCCAACAGCGAUCAACAGUCGGCAGUCGUUGCUGAGAAGGGGAAGGUGGUUAUCCAGGGACCGUACCGCGCUGCUUCCAGUGCCGGCGUUCUGAUCACCACGUGCAAGUUCGCCGAUAUUUACGCAGUUGUCGACUCACUGAACGAGGAGCAAGCGGAAGUGAGGAAAUCAACCGAUACGUAUUCGCUAGGAGGUUACACCUUCAAGCUCGAGUGCGAAUUCUCCAAGGUCGAAAACGAGGUGAAGGUGCGGUUCAUCCUUUUUUUGCAUGAAGGUGAAUGGGACAGCUACGUGGAUUGGCCUUUCGAAAAGAUGGUCACCUUGAUCAUCAUGCACACUAAGGAUGAAGCAAAAGACGUCCGUUUGCCGUUAACUAUGGUGGAUCACAGGGCGGUGAGAAAACCCCGUGCCGGUGUUGAAAGGUGGGGCCACUGGACAAUCAAGAAGAACUGGCAGGACAUUGAACUGAAAGGGUAUGUCGACAGAGGUGCUCUCUAUGUGAACGUUGAGUUUGAAUGA